UUUUCAUGUUGCUAAAAUUAGAGAGGCUCUGCUCCUUUCCAUGUUUUUUAUUCCCCAGCAUAGAUUCUUCUCUUCCUACCACUGUAAUAAUUUCUUUUAUGGGUUAAUGGCGUAUUAAUCAGUUAGUGUUUUGAUUUUAUUUUUCUGGGUAGCCAUUAAAACUUGGAGAGAAGCUGUUUCAGACUAGUACUUAGGAAUCUGGAGCUGUUCUAAAUUGUUUUUGGGCAGUUGUUAGGCUCAACAAGAUGUCUCAAACCAACUGGGAAGCUGAUAAAAUGUUAGAUGUGUAUAUCCAUGAUUAUUUAGUGAAGAGGGAUUUAAAGGCUUCAGCUCAGGCAUUUCAAGCUGAAGGGAAAGUAUCAUCAGAUCCCGUAGCUAUUGAUGCGCCUGGAGGUUUUCUCUUUGAAUGGUGGUCCGUUUUCUGGGACAUAUUCAUUGCCAGAACUAAUGAGAAGCACUCAGAGGUUGCUGCAUCUUAUAUCGAGACGCAGUUGAUUAAAGCUCGAGAACAGCAGCAACCUCAACAUCAGCAACAACUGCAGAUGCAACAGCUUUUAUUGCAGAGGCAUGCUCAGCAGCAGCAGCAGCAACAACAACAGCAGCAACAACAGCAGCAGCAGCAGCAGCAACAACAACAGCAGCAGCAGCAACAACAGCAGCAGCAGCAACAACAGCAGCAGCAACAGCAACUACAACAGCAGCAGCAGCAGCAACAACAGCAGCAGCAACAACAACAGCAGCCGCAGCCGCAACAAAGAAGGGAUGGGCCUCAUCUCCUGAAUGGCAGUACAAAUGGACUUGUUGGAAAUGACACUCUCAUGCGUCAGCCUGCUGCGACUGCUAAUGCCAUGGCAACAAAGAUGUAUGAGGAAAAACUGAAGUUGCCACUUCAAAGGGACUCUUUGGAUGAUGCGGCCAUAAAGCAAAGGUAUGGUGAGAAUGUUAGCCAGCUCUUGGAUCCAAAUCAUACCUCACUGUUGAAGCCUGCAGCAGCAACCAGCCAAACGUCAGGGCAAGUGUUGCACGGUACUGCUGGUGGCAUGUCUCCACAAGUUCAAGCUCGAAGCCAGCAAUUGCCAGGAACAACACCGGACAUAAAGAGUGAGAUAAAUCCAGUAUUGGAUCCCAGGGCUGCCGGUCCAGAUGAAUCUUUAAUAGGAAUUCCGGGCUCGAACCAAGGUGGUAAUAAUUUGACUUUGAAAGGAUGGCCUUUAACAGGACUGGACCAACUGCGAUCCGGGUUACUACAACAGCAAAAGCCUUUUAUACAGGCUCCUCAGCCCUUCCACCAGCUUCAGAUGUUGACACCACAGCACCAGCAACAACUCAUGCUUGCUCAGCAGAAUCUGACAUCACCAUCUGGAAGCGAUGAAAACAGAAGAUUGAGAAUGCUGUUGAAUAAUAAUCGGACCAUGAACCUUUCAAAUUCUGUUGGUGAUGUUCCCAACAUAUCGUCUUUGCAGGCAGGCAGUCCGCUGAUGCAGCGGGGAGAUGCAGAUAUGCUGAUGAAGUUAAAAUUGGCUCAGUUUCAACAGCAGCAACUGCAGCAGCAACAGCAACAAAACAGUAACUCACAGCAGCACGCACUCUUGAAUCAGCAGCCACAGAGUUCUAAUCCAAGUCUACUUCAACAAGAUAAAGUUGGUGGAGGAAGUGUCACCCUGGAUGGUAGCAUGUCUAACUCAUUUCGAGGGAAUGACCAGGUUCCAAAAAACCAGAAUGGAAGAAAGAGAAAACAGCCGGUAUCUUCUUCAGGCCCUGCCAAUAGCACAGGGACAGCGAACACAGCUGGUCCUUCCCCAAAUUCAGCACCUUCCACACCGUCAACGCACACCCCUGGAGAUGUGAUUUCAAUGCCUGCAAUGCCUCAUAGUGGUAGUUCUUCCAAGCCUAUGAUGAUGUUUGGCGCUGAUGGCACUGGCACACUUACAUCACCAUCAAACCAGUUGUGGGAUGAUAAAGAUCUUGAAUUGCAGGCUGACAUGGAUCGAUUUGUGGAGGAUGGAUCACUUGAUGAUAAUGUUGAAUCUUUUUUAUCCCAUGAUGAUACUGAUCCUAGAGAUGCAGUUGGCCGAUGUGUGGAUGCCACUAAAGGUUUCUCAUUUAUGGAAGUAAAUUCUGUUCGAGCAAGCAGUAGCAAAGUUACAUCUUGUCAUUUCUCAUCUGAUGGCAAGUUGCUUGCUAGUGGUGGCCAUGAUAAAAAGGCUGUAUUAUGGUAUGCAGAUACUUUGAAGCCAAAGUCUACACUUGAAGAGCAUUCCUGUUUAAUUACUGAUGUUCGUUUCAGUCCAAGCAUGUCACGCCUUGCAACAUCUUCGUUUGACAAAACUGUCAGAGUUUGGGAUGCUGAUAGUCCUAGUUACUCACUUCGUACCUUUAUGGGACAUUCUGGUAAUGUUAUGUCACUUGACUUCCACCCGACUAAGGAUGACCUUAUCUGCUCUUGUGAUGGUGAUGGUGAAAUCAGAUAUUGGAGUAUCAACAACGGAAGCUGUGCAAGAGUUUUUAAGGGUGGUACAGCUCCUGGUACAGCCCAGUUGAGAUUUCAACCUCGCCUUGGAAAAUAUCUUGCUUUAGCUGCAGAGAAUGUUGUAUCUAUACUGGAUGCAGAAACUCAAGCAUGUCGACACUCAUUACAGGGACAUACAAAACUGAUCCAUUCCGUGUGCUGGGACUCUUCGGGUGAGUUCCUAGCAUCUGUCAGUGAGGACUCCGUCAGAGUCUGGAGCUUUGGAUCAGGAAGUGAAGGGGAAUGUGUUCAUGAAUUGAGCUGUAGUGGCAACAAGUUUCACUCUUGUGUUUUCCAUCCUACAUGUCAAUCAUUGCUGGUCAUUGGAUGUUACCAGUCUUUGGAGCUGUGGAAUAUGUCGGAGAAUCAGACUAAGACGAUGCCGGCACAUGAAGGACUAAUAGCUGCAUUGGCAGUCUCACCCGUGACAGGGCUGGUUUCUUCCGCUAGUCAUGACAACUUUGUUAAAUUGUGGAAGUCGUACAAUUGUUAGCAGAGAUCGAAGUUAACAGCCUGAUAAAAUUCCCAUUAGUUUUGUUUUGUUUUUCUACUUUUAAUCUGCAACGAUCGCUAGUCUAUGGUUGGUGUGGUUCAAAUGUGUCCAUGUUGUGGAUUGUACUGAUUUCGGCUUCCCUAAACCCCCCAACCCCCGGUAGCUAACCUUGUCUGUUGUAUGAUACACUGCAUGAUAUGUAACCUUGUAUGUUUAACUUGGACA